GUCUCACAGGAAAAGAACUCAACCCAGAAGACAUAAAACAGAGGAUCAGAAGACUCUUGGGGAAGUCAUGGCUAUGGAAACUGCCUUGGAAGAUGUGAAAGUAAAAGAGGAGCUGAAAAGAGGGCCGGAUCUGGAGGAAGAGGAGAGAAGCAAAGUGAUUGAGGGAGGAGAAGGUGAAUGCAAAGUGAAGGCCCGUCCUCCGAAGGUGAAGGGUGAUAGGAAGAAGAAGCACCUUUUCCACCAUCUGCCAGCACCUCAGCCACCUCUGCAGCCACAGCAGCCACUGCUGCCACCCCCGCCAGCCCCCCAGCAGCAGCUGGCAGAGGACGGGGCACCAGCAGCACGGUCAUCAGUGCCCCCCGCAACACCCGCCUCCGUCACGGCAGAAAAGAGCCUGCCCCCAGCUCCCCUGAACAUUAUUCAGCCCUCAGAGUCACCCGUUGAGGAAGAUGACUUUAAACCUCGGCCGAUCAUUCCCAUGCUUUAUGUGGUUCCACGGACCAAAAAGGUGGUGUUUGACAAAGAGCGUAUGUCCUGCCAGCAGGCGUUUGAGCAGUUUGCCACGCAGAAGAGUCCAAAUUGGAGGGAGCAGACGGUCCCUGUAGAAAUCCCUGUGAAGGAGGAGGAGAAUGCAGAAGCAGAGAAUGCUGAGGUUGCUAUGGAAGUCAGUGAUUUACAGACCACUUCUGCUUUUUCAAAAAUGAAGAUGGAGAUAAAGAAGAGUCGUCGCCACCCACUGGGCAAGCCACCAACCCGCUCCCCAUUGUCAGUGGUUAAACAAGAGACCUCGAGUGAUGAGGAAACAUUUCCAUUUUCUGGAGAGGAAGAUAUGAGUGACCCAGAGGCCUUGAGAUCUUUACUUUCCUUCCAGUGGAAGAAUAAACCACAUAAUUUCUCCGCUGAAAGAAAGUUCAAUGCAGCCGCUGCCCUGAGUGAGCCGUACUGUGCGGUCUGCACCCUCUUCUACCCCUAUAACCAGUCCUUACAGAUGGAUAAAGACGCUGUCCCAGUCUCUGCAGGGGAGACCACCUCUUUCGUCCACCUUUCUAAGUGCGGACAGAAGACCAAGCCUCUGAUCCCGGAGAUGUGCUUUACCUCAGGUGGAGAGAACACAGAGCCCCUUCCUUCAAAUUCAUAUAUUGGAGAGGAUGGAACCAGUCCCUUGAUAUCCUGUGCCAAAUGCUGCCUGCAGGUUCAUGCCAGCUGUUACGGAAUACGUCCGGACUUGGUGAAUGAAAGCUGGUCUUGCUCACGGUGCUCAGCCAGUGCAUGGACAGCGGAAUGUUGCCUGUGUAAUCUCAGGGGAGGAGCUCUGCAGAUGACCACUGAUGGGUGGUGGGUCCAUAUAAUCUGUGCUAUUGCUGUCCCCGAGGCCCGUUUUGUCAGUGUAAUAGAGCGUCAUCCUGUGGAUAUCAGUGCUAUUCCAGAGCAGAGAUUGAAACUGAAAUGUGUGUACUGUCGGAAACGGAUGAAGAGGGUGUCUGGUGCCUGCAUCCAGUGCUCCUACGAGCACUGCUCCACCUCCUUCCAUGUGACCUGUGCCCACGCGGCCGGCGUGCCCAUGGAGCCAGACGACUGGCCCUAUGUUGUGUCCAUCACUUGCUUCAAACACAAAGCAGCUAACCAGAAUAUUCCGUUUCGAAGGGAGGUGACCCUCGGACAGACUGUGAUUACAAAGAACCGGAAUGGACUCUACUACAGAUGUAAAGUGAUUGGCAUGACAACACAGACUUUCUAUGAAGUGAACUUUGAUGAUGGUUCAUACAGUGACAACGUUUACCCAGAAAGCAUUAUUAGCAGAGACUGCGUCCAACUGGGACCCCCUCCAGAGGGCGAGUUGGUUCAGCUGCAGUGGACAGAUGGAGUCGUCUACAAGGCCAAGUUUAUUGCAGCCCAGAUCAGUCAGAUUUACCAGGUCGAGUUUGAAGAUGGUUCGCAACUAAUGGUAAAACGUGGUGAUAUUUAUACCUUGGAGGAAGAGCUCCCCAAGAGAGUGAAGUCUCGCCUGUCCCUCAGCACUGGGGCCCCUCAGGAAGAUGUAUUUUCGGGAGAUGAAGCGAGACCAGCCAAGCGUCCGCGGCUGGGGAAUUCAAGAAAUCCCGAAGAAUACGGACAAAACCCAGAUUACUUGGCCUUUAUGGAGAGCCUGUUGCAGACACCGUACCAGUCUGGAACUCAGAGCAACAUGUUUUAACCAAGAUUAAUUAAAAAUUACAUUAACCCUUUUUAAGCCUUUGGAAAAAUAAACAAGCAACUGUUGAAUUGAAGACCAUCCUUGUGCAAUAGCCUGCUGUGAAUUCCUUUCGUCUGCUCUUGGUUUGGACGGCUAGAAAAUCCUGUCUGGCUGCACACUACCUCUACUUUGCCAGACUUUGCUGACCAUUAGAGUAGGGAGUUUGAACAACCUUCAGACAGCAUUUCACACAGAGACUCUGGAAGAGUUUGUACAAACAGCUUUGUGACUGGCUCCUUUUUAUGAGGCUUGGAAAGGGUUAAAGUUUGACAAAGUGACUUUUUAAAAUAUGGUCAAACUCUUUUGUCUUUAAAGGUGCUAUUACAUUGACUACUGAAGCAGCCUUUGGAAUUGUGUUUUCUGUACAUAGACGUCACCUUUGUGAAGUUUUCUAUAAAUGAGCAUUAUUAAAAAAAGAAGCAAACAAAAAUAGGAAAAUGAAAGUUU